GGGGUUUAGGACGUUAAUAACUGGGGCUCCCCGGGAUUGUUCACAACAACAGAGGCAGGCGUACCAGCUCUGACCAAAUAAAGCCGAGUCGCGAAUUUAGAUCCUGUGUUGGAACCGAACAGACGGAAACUAACAUUAACGCGUUCCUGUGCGAAGUGCUUCUCCUUCCGAAAGCUAUUGUUUGGACCGAGCCUAGCCUUUUCCUUCUUCGCAGUCACAGCUGUGGGUUGCUGAUAUAUUUAUACAAAUCGUUGUGGAAUAUGGCUCAGCAUGGACAUCAUGUAGCCAGUUCCCAAAAAGCACUAAUGCUGGAGAUGAAAAGUCUUCAAGAUGAGCCAGUCGAGGGGUUCAAGAUAACUUUAGUGGACGAGUCAGACAUGUACAACUGGGAAGUAGCGAUUUUCGGACCCCCAAAUACCCACUACGAGGGUGGUUAUUUUAAGGCUCGAAUCAAGUUCCCUGUGGACUACCCAUACUCUCCACCUGCCUUCCGCUUCCUCACCAAAAUGUGGCAUCCCAACAUUUAUGAGAAUGGGGAUGUGUGUAUCUCUAUCCUGCACCCACCAGUGGAUGACCCACAGAGCGGUGAGCUGCCUUCAGAGAGGUGGAACCCUACACAGAACGUCAGGACGAUCCUGCUCAGCGUCAUCUCUCUGCUGAAUGAGCCAAACACCUUUUCCCCGGCCAACGUGGACGCAUCCGUCAUGUACCGCAAGUGGAGGGAUAGUAAGGGCAAGGACAGGGAAUACAUAGAAAUCAUCAGGAAGCAGGUGUUGGCCACCAAAGCUGAUGCAGAGCGGGACGGUGUGAAGGUCCCGGUCACAUUGGAUGAGUACUGUGUCCGUACCCAGGUCCCGCCCACAGACGACGGGUCCAACCUGUUAUACGACGACUACUAUGACGAUGAGGACCUGGAGGAUGACGACGAGGAUGACAAUGAGGACUGUUGCUAUGAUGAGGAUGACUCGGGCACCGAGGACUCCUGACCUCGCCUCCCUGUGACACCACCACUCCCCUCUCCUCCUACUGCCCCUCUCCGCUGUCCCUCCUCCUCCAUGCUCUCACCUCCUCCUUCCUCCUUAUCCCACGGACUGAACUUUAAACCCAUUGCCCCUUUUACAAACCCCACCCACCCCCUGUCAUCAUCAUCCUCAUCCUCACUUAGCACAGGCCCCUUGUCCAGUCUCUGUCACAUGUGCAGUCACAGAAUGCACGCUAAAAUCCUGAUGCAUCGAAGAAAAAGAAAGCUACAGAGUUGUCUUUGUUUGUUCUUACGUGUUUCUUUUAUUUUUUCUUUGCUGUUUGAGUAGAGGUUACACACAUGACACACACACAGCCAGAGAACUUACGGUAGUUUGUUUUAUUUAAAAUUUAUCAACAGCAUCUCCUUGUCUGCACUGAUGGUUAAAAAUUUCCUUAAAAAAAGGUCUGUUAAGGAGCCGUCCACACCAAGAACUACAACAAUAAUGUUCUUACUCCAGCAGCUCCAGUUAUGUUGGAUCCACACAGUGAUUUCCGAUCACAGCCUUUAGGAUAUAAACUGGGUACAGACAUGUCUCUUACCUUUUUAACCACAAAGCUUCAAGGCUAAAAUACUUUAUCCAUCCACUGUAUCUCACACAAUAAUGAAUGUUUCGCAAAUUAUUUCAAUACAAAGUGGUGCUGGUUAUCUAAAAAAAAAAAAAAGUGCGCAAACAGCAAUCCAUAAAUCUGUGACACAAAAUGCAGCUGUUUGUCUCAAAAGGUCAAAAUGAACUAGAAAGGACGGGUUCAGAAAGAUGAUACUCUAGUCUGUCCUCGCUGAGAAACGUCAUAUGAUCCAGUGUAGUUAGAAUACUUUUAAAAACUUUGAGAUAAUGUAGGUAUAGCACUUGGUGUGGACACCCUUUGUUUUACAACUUUUAGCUGAGAAAGCGCCUUCUCUUCACAAUAUCAGCAGAGAGGAAUGUAACGUCACACGUCAGAGCAGGUCAAAGUGCAUUUCCAGUCAAGUUACUUCAGAAGAAUGGGGGUAUGGUGGAGUUUUCAUUGUGUUUGAAAGAAGCUGAGUCACUUCCGCCUUUGAGCCGUGUGUGACCUCUGGGUAGCAGGUUGUCUGAAACCCUGCUUCACCUCUGACCUUUUGAGCCCCAGGGCUUGUGCUGCUCCAAAACAGGGACGUUAUUCAUUUCAGAAAGCCGUUCACUCCCUCGUGCCUUCCCUCGCCCUUACCCUCCCUCCCCCUCCAUACUACUUUCACCACCACCAGCCCCCUCCCUCUUUGACAGAUUGGGAAAGACUCGUGGAACAGACUAUGCACACAGCAGGUCACAGACAAAAGGGGAAUAACCCACCUGGCAGUAGGAGACGUUCAGGCUCACACGGCCUCAGGUGGGGGAUUCUGUGUUAGCCUCUUGAUGGAACAAGUUGCAACUUAUUUAUAGCAGCUCCUGUCAGAUUUGUUCAGUGUGUGAGCAAGAAAGGUGAGAGCCAACAGCUGAACUAGAGUAGAUUGUAGAUCUGAAUCCCACAAAACACCAACUGCCACAGCCUUGAUCGUCAUAAAAGCACGUGCUACUAGUUGCCUGGAUGCAUUAAGAAAUGGUUAUAGCUGAGCUGAGGCUGCCACUCACGGAAAUCCAACGUACUGUAUUUAAAAACCUAUGCAGUCAGUGCUUGAACCCGUCGAAUAUGCAGUGCUUUUUAACGUGGCAGUAAAAGCAGAGCCUUUUAACAAGCGGCCCACACACCGCAAGCCAAACUGACCAGACGGCUCCGAACUCUGUUGUACAAGCCAACACCUCCUGCUACACGUGUGUGUGUGUGUGUGUGUUUGUGUUUGUGUGUAUGUGAGGGCUUCGGACCGACUGUGUGUCUUUGAUCAGAAGUGGGCAUGUGCAGUUGCAUCUCGUCUUUUUUUGUUUUUACUUGUUGUUGGGUUGUUAUUCUAGGCCACAGUAGCACAAGUCUUCAGGGCAGAGGGAGGGUUCAACACCAGUGUGCACUCGCCUGCACUGACUGCACCCUCUGGUGGUGGUCGCUGUACAUGCAGGAAGUUUCAGCUUUUUUUUUUCCCCCUCUGAAAUGCUCAACUGGGCCAUGGCAUCUCAAUUUACCUGAAUGAUUGAGGAUGUUUACAUGCACAGUGAUUUUCCACUAUUAUUGUAAAUAUGGUAAUAUUGUGAAUGUAACAGAUAUAAUGUAAAUGGCAGUUCCCAUUGGAUUUUUAAUAUUAUUGGGUUUUUCCUGCUUGGAGAAUUCUGAAUUCCACCACAAGUUCUUAAUGGUACUCAAACAACCAAAACAAUCUAUAUUUGUUAGUGUAUAAUAUGUGUAGGUGUAUCAGAGAUUAGCAUUUGGGUUAAGUAUCUGUAAUAUCUGACUCUAGUGGCGUUUAGGGGACAGUCUUACCGAUCAGAUCUUUAUUAUUUUACUGGUUAGUAGAUAUUAUUGAGUGAACAUAUGGUUCACUUCACUGAUUUCCUCUUUUUCAAAACCACCAAGAAAUGUUGCCAUCUGUCUCAAUUUUAAUAAAUCUGUGAUGACAGUCACUUUUUAUUGAAAUGAGCAAUAUCAGUUAAACCUGUUACUGUUUUAAUGUGAUAAGCUUUUGAAAAAUAGAAAAUGCCAAAUCAUCCUCAUUUUGACUCAGUAAAAAUAUUAUUCCAGUUUUACAAGCAUUAGUUGGUGAUGUAUAUGCAUUUCUUCUGCAGGUUGUGUCACACCACCUGUUUACAGUCAGGAUCUUCUUUAAACAUUUCUUGUCAGAGGGAGGACUGGCUACUUUAAAGCAUUACAAAAGAGGGUAUCAACACAUUUUUUUUAAUUUGAGCAAAUAUCAAAAAGCAGGCAUUUCAGGAGGGAGUUAGAUGAUGGUUCACAUGGUGGAACAUCUGUGACGUAGCCAACUUCCUAGGCAUGUUGGCUUUUGCAGAAUAAGGGCAAAAACACUAUUUAGUGCAUGUAAACACCCUCGAUUACACCUGUUACCUUCCAGAUCAGGUAACAUAUGAGUGAUUCAGAAGAAUGAAAAUGGUCAGAUGAAAACAGACUGACAGGGUUGUUUAUUCUCUUCCCUCAGUCUGUUUCCCUUCUUGUGAAUCUCCGGUAACUGCCAGGAGCGCUGUGUUGCACAAAGACACAUUUUACCACAGUAUUUGAGAUAAAGUUGUCAACAACGCUGUAACAAUGUUUCCGUUGUAUCUGUGUGUGUGUGUGUGUGAGAGAGAGAGAGUGUGUGUGUGAGAGAGAGAGAGAAUAUUGGCUGAUAAGUGAGAAUUUUUUUUUUUGUUCAUUUUUAUUUCUCCAAGAAGCGUUGAAACAGGGAACGAGGCAUGAGGGGAUGGGGUCGAUGACCUUCGAGCAUGAACAGGAGAAUGUCGUUCUUCACUAGCAUGCUGUUAUGACGUGUUUGUGUAUUUAGAUCUGAUAUAAGGGUUGGGAUUGUGUCCAGGGAAAAGGUCCUCCUCGAUUUCUACUCAACUUUAUCUAAAACUUGCAUUGUGAAUGGGCUGAGGGUUAACUGUUAUUGUUUUUCUUUUCCUGUUUUUAAUGUAAUCUUUUUAUUUUUAAAAAUUGUGGUGUGAGCUGCAAUGUUUUCUAUAUUAUAUGUAUUAAGUGCAAAGAAUCUGAAGCGUUUUGGAAGAACAAAUAAAUGUACCAACCAAGUAUAACACAACACCUAAACAUCAGAGAAGUGAAAUUGGCACAUCGCACCACCAGAAAUGAGUUUUCAACACUGGUAUCUGUUACCUCCCCACCUUUUUUUGUGACGUUUCGGAUGAAUGGGAUCAUUCUUGUCGAACUACUGUUAUAUUUGUCGUCUUUUCCUCCCUGCUCGUCCACAGUUUUCUGAGUGCUGAUUGUGGUGGCAUCACUGAUGGGAGGGGGGGAGGGGGGUCUCAGCAGUUAAUUACAGAAAACACCUCAGGAAAACAACCAACAAACCCACCCACCAACAAACAAAUCCUUUUCCAACUGAGUGAACCUGACCCCAGGGAGUCUCACUUUAUGGCUUCAAAAGGACUGUUUACAAUCUCUCUACCUUGAUAUGCACAUGUGGAUAUUUUGACGAUCACUUGAUGUUUUUUUUCCCUGUUUAUAUUUCCUUUUUUUCUUAUGGUUUGUAAAUCUAUUUAAAAUCUGAAAUAAAGAUCUUUAUUAGA